AUGAGGCAGUCCCUGCCUGAUCCAUCUGCCAAAGUCUCUCUGGUAAGAGGGAAAGCUGGUUUAAUAUGAUUAUUUCUGCAGAGGGUCAAUAUACCACUAUCAAAGCUGCUCCUCCUUCAGAGACAUAUGGCAAUCUCACUCUGUCUAUGCUACCUAACCUCACAAACAAAAGCAUUCUCCUGCUUUGUGGUCAGACAAGAAAAGCAAUUUUCAGGACUGUGAAUGCCUAUCUUGUCACAGUUUAUAUUAUGAGUCCCUAAAACGGUGUUUUCAAUGAUAGACAACACAAACAGGUACAGACUGUGUGUGUGUGCGUGGGUGCGUGGGUGCACUCGUUGUGUGUACGCGUCGUGUGUGUGUGCUUCCACCCUGCAGAAAAUCGACCCGCAGCUGGAUGAGUUUUUCCAGUCUCUGCGCAGGAAAGUGAAGAUCGGCAUAGUGGGCGGAUCAGACUACUCAAAGAUCGCAGAGCAGCUGGGGGAGGGAGAUGAAGGUGAGCGCUCCUCAUUCUCACUUUGGUCUCAUUUCAGUCUCACAUAUUCACCCUCAAACCCAUCUUACUGCCUUUGUCUCACAGGGCUUUACAAACCCCAAAAGGCUGUCGCUUUCAUGGUCAUGAAAUUAUUUCAGGGACAUUCACCAGAGAGACAGUUUAGGGGCUUUCGUGUUUGCAGCCCACUCUCAUUUGACAUCAGUCCAUAAAUAACAGACAUAGACGAAAGCAGCUACGUCAGUUAGUCUGCGAUCCGGGUCGCACAUGGACCCAGAUGGAGUUACAUGUUUGCUCAUGUACCUGUGUUACAUUCCCUUCCUUCCCACCCACCACCAGAGACCUUGACACACUGACCCUGUGGUGGAGUUUACACACAGCAGUGGAGACUGGCCACCAACACACUGACAACUGACCGUUAUCACUCAGAGCAGCAACAAAAGUAAAGCAACGAACAAUAGAGUACAUUUAAGGGGGAGUGCUACUAGUGCAUUCAAUGUUUUGUUUUCAGUGCGUUCAAGGUUUUCAAUUUUGCAGCAGCAGUUCUCUAUCCUGAUCAUCCCCAGACUGCAUUAUGCAAGACUGAUUGAGAUGCUCAGUACUUUGAAACUCUAGCCAUGUGAGAUAUGUGUACAGUGAAUGGACAGGACAGAGAUUAAACUGCACUAUUCCAGGUAGUGUUACAUAGGUGGUAAUCUGCAAUGACCAAUAAUCCCGCUGCACCAGGUACAACAUGCCUGUGUUCCAGUUGGGGGAGAUUUUUAGGCUAUGUGUGGUGAAAGGAGUCAGGCGCAGGAGGGUAUUCACCGAAUACAGAGUUUAUUCCUUCGUUGACACACACAUGCGCUCCAAUAGCGAUCAACGAAACAGGCACAGGGGAAACCAACAUCCCUGGCAAUACACUGUAACGGAAUCCAAUAAUACAUAGGCACAGGGGGAAAAUCUACCCUGGCAACACAAUGUUAUGAGUAGCUCCACCGAGCUACAUACUCUCACAAUAACAAUCACCCACAAGGACAAGGGGGCAGAGGGAACACUUAUACACAGACUAAUUAGGGGAUAGGAACCAGGUGUGUGUGAUUGACAAGACAAGUGUGAUGAUGAUUGGGGCGGCAGUGGUUAGUACUCUGGUGAUGACGAACGCCGACGCCUGCCUGAACAAGGAGGGGAGGCAGCCUCGGCUGAAGUCGUGACAGUACCCCCCCCCCCCCCCCCCCAGCUCCAGCAGCGCGCCGACCCCGGCCUCGGGGACGGCCAGGAGACUUAGACGUACUCCCUCACGUCCUUAGCCAAGGUAGGCCACCAGUACCUUCCGCUCAAGCAGCGCACUGUACGACCGAUACCUGGGUGACCAGAGGAGGGUGACGUGUGUGCCCAGAAGAUCAGACGAUCACGGAUAAGAGCAGGCACGUACCGCAGCCCAGCUGGACACUGCAGUGGAGAUGGAUCUGUGUGUAAUGCCCGCUCUAUAUCCGCGUCCAUCGCCCAUACUACCGGCGCCACAAUGCAGGAGGCCGGGAGUAUGGUGAUGUGUCUCUGUGUCAUACAGCCGGGACAGUGCGUCUGCCUUCACGUUCUUCGUACCCGGAAUGUAUGAUAGUGUAAAAUCAAACCAGGUGAAGAAUAGGGCCCACCUGGCCUGGCAAGGAUUCAGCCUCCUCGCUGCCCGGAUGUACUCCAGGUUACGGUGGUCCGUCCAGACGAGGAAAGGGUGUUUCGCCCCUUCGAGCCAAUGCCUCCACACAGCCAACCGCUCCCGAUCACCAAUGUCGUAGUUCUGCUCCGCCGGGCUGAGCUUCUUCGAGAAGAAGGCACAGGGGCGGAGCUUGGGUGGUGUGCCCAAGUGUUGGGACAGGACAGCGCCUAUCCCUUAUUCGGACGCAUCCACCUCCACUACGAACGGUAGUGAUGGAUCGGGGUGGGCCAGUACCGAAGCUGAGGUGAACAGACCCCGCAGUCUCCUGAAGGCCAGAUCCGCCUCAGCAGACCAGCGGAGCCGGGACGGCCCACCCUUCAACAGGGAUGUGAUGGGAGCUGCGACCUUGCCAAAGCCCCGGAUAAACCUUCGGUAGUAAUUGGCAAAGCCAAGGAAUCGCUGCACCUCCUUAACCGUGGUUGGAGUCGGCCAAUUACGCACGGCUGAAAUGCGAUCUCCCUCCAUGUCCACACCUGAGGUGGUAAUGCGGUAUCUGAGGAAGGAGACGGACUGCUGGAAAAACAUACACUUCUCUGCCUUGGCAUAAAGGUCAUUUUCCAACAGUCUGGCCAGCACUUUGCAAACCAGGGACACAUGCUCGGUGCGAGUAGCGGAAUACACCAGGAUGUCAUCGAUGUAGACCACUACACCGUGACCAAGCAUGUCCCGAAACACCUUGUUCACAAAGGACUGGAAGACGGAUGGAGCAUUCAUCAAACCGUAGGGCAUCACCAGGUAUUCAUAAUGCCCCGUGGUUGUGCUGAAUGCCGUCUUCCACUCAUCCCCCUCCCGAAUACGCACCAGGUUGUACACACUCCUGAGAUAUAGCUUUGUGAAGAAGCGCGCCCCAUGCAUUGACUCGAUCACUGAAGGAAUGAGGGGGAGAGGAUAACUAAAUCUAAUCGUCUCCUUGUUCAGUGAUCGAUAAUCAAUGCACGGGCGCAGACCGCUGUCUUUCUUCUUCACAAAGAAGAAACUUGAGGAGGCGGGUGAAGUGGAGGGACGUAUGUACCCCUGGCCCAUAGCCUCAAUUUCAGCCUGCGACAGGGGGUACACAUGACUCCUGGGAGGUACAGCAUCUACCCGAAGGUCUAUCGCACAAUCCCCCGCCCGAUGAGGUGGUAAUUUAGUAACACGCGUGCGCCAAAUCGAGGUAUUCGGGGGGAAUGCGCACGGUGGAGGUACCGUCUGGACUUUCCACCGUGGUUGCACCAAUGGAAACAUCUAGACACCUACCCUGACAUUCACGCAACCACCCUGUGAGAGCCCUCUGCGGCCAUGAGAAGGUGGGGUUGUGGAGUGCUAGCCAAGGGAUACCUAAUACCACAGGGAAAGGAGAUUCAAUAAUCGAAAAAAUAACCUGCUCACAAUGAGUCUCCUGGGUGAUCAUGGUGACCGGUAUAGUGACUUCCGUAACAAACCCGGACCCUAAUGGUCGACUAUUGAGUGCUCUGAUGGGGAGUGGAACGGAGAGGGGAACCAAUUAAAUGCAUUGACGGCGUGCGAAUGCCCUGUCCAUGAAGUUCCCAGCUGCGCCUGAAUCGACUAGCGCAUUACACUGGGAAACUACCAUGAUAUCGGGAAAGUGGAUAGGUAGGGUACAGUGUGCAACAGAGGGCUCUGAACAAGUGUGGGUGUUCAAUACCUGGGGUGAUGCGUGAGUGCCCUGCCUGCCGACUCCCGGCCCAAAAUAACGUUGACUACGACGUGUGGUGUACUGUCCCUUCGUGCCACCAGAGUGGCACUGUCGCUGUCCUCCUCCGCUCUCUCGGCCGGCGGCUCCACCCAGCUCCAUCGGCUCAGGAUCCGAGUCGCCCAGGGUGGAAACGGGCAGACCCCUACCAGGACGUCCUCUGGCUGCCAGCAGGUUGUCCAAACGAAUGGCCAUGUCCACCAGCUUAUUGAAGGACAACAUGGUGUCCCGGCAGGCUAGCUCCUGUCGCACGUCCUCCCGCAGAUGGCACCGGAAAUGGUAGAUCCGGUUGGCCAGCUGGUCUUGACAGAUCGGGUCCUCUCCUCUCCAGGCGUUGGGACGGCCUGAAGAACCCAAUCCAUCGCUUCCCCCAAGCUGGCCAGCAUUGUGGAAUGCUCCUGGACCCGUGCCAUGACUCCAGGCAUGCACUCUUCUCCCGCUGACUCCAUAGCGGGUGGGUGAUUCUGUGGUGAGUGUGGUGAAAGGAGUCAGGCGCAGGAGGGUAAUCACCGAAUACAGAGUUUAUUCCUUCGUUGACACACACAUACGCUCCAAUAGCGAUCAACGAAACAGGCAUAGGGGAAACCAACAUCCCUGGCAAUACACUGUAACGGAAUCCAAUAAUACAUAGGCACAGGGGGAAAAUCUACCCUGGCAACACAAUGUUAUGAGUAGCUCCACCGAGCUACAUUUACAUUUUAGUCAUUUAGCAGACAUUCUUAUCCAGAGCGACUUACAGUUAGUGAGUGCAUACAGUUUUCAUACUGGCCCCCCGUGGGAAAUGAACCCACAACCCUGGCGUUGCAAGCGCCAUGUUCUACCAACUGAGCUACAGGGGAUCCUGUACUCUCACAAUAACAAUCACCCACAAGGACAAGGGGGCAGAGGGAACACUUAUACACAGACUAAUUAGGGGAUAGGAACCAGGUGUGUGUGAUUGACAAGACAAGUGUGAUGAUGAUUGGGGCGGCAGUGGUUAGUACUCCGGUGACGACGAACGCCGAAGCAGUGAGGGAGGCAGCCUCGGCCGAAGUCGUGACACUACGUGCUGGUAGCUUGUGUUGUCUAUUUACUAUGAAUGUUCUCACAGUGCUCCUCAGUAACACACUUUUACCUAAUUCGCCCCCUUUCUCUCUUACAGUGAUACAGAAGUUUGACUAUGUGUUUGCUGAGAAUGGCACGGUGCAGUACAAAGAUGGGAAGCUCCUUUCCAAACAGGUGGGUGUGACUGAGGUGAGGGAAGGAAUAAAAUAUAUUUUGGCUCACUAACAAGCCAUUUAAACCUGAUUCCAUGUAAACAACAUGCAGGGACAACCUUUUUUCUUGUACACUGUACUCAGCUAAGAAGACUGGAAGGGAAAGUUAUGAUCAUGCCUUUAAGAGAACUGCACUGUGUUAAUAAUAAAAGACAGUUCAAAUAUUUGAACUAUGUCCUACAGGCCAUCCAGAACCAGAUAGGAGAGGAACUACUACAGGACCUCAUUAACUUCUGUCUCAGCUACAUGGGGCUGAUCAAGCUGCCCAAGAAAAGGUGAGACUCUGACCUACUUUCAGCUCCUUUUCCAGAGGACGUCCUGGUAGGGGUCUGCCCGUUUCAUUCAGAGGCCCCAGGGCCACUACAACCUGUCCAUCAAAGCUGCAGGCAUUGGAGAAAGGAAUGCUGGCUCUGUCAGUAUUCCUAAGCGUGUUUUUCCAGUUUGACAAGCUGAAAUCACAGAGAGACUAAGACAGAAGGAUUGAUCUGUAUCUGGGUGGAAAUACAUAUUUGCUUGAGAAACAAAGCAAUUCUGAAUCUAACCCUAGAAUCUCUAGAAUUUUAGUAUGAUGGUUGGUAACAAAGCCACACUAAAGUCUAUUCUUACAGAUUAAUGCCUUAUUUUGCACUCAGGGGCACCUUUAUCGAAUUCCGCAACGGAAUGCUGAACAUCUCCCCCAUUGGCCGGAGCUGCACACUUGAGGAACGAAUCGAAUUCUCUGAAAUCGACAAGGUAUUACACAGUAUAAGAGUGCCUAAAUAAUGAUCUAAACACCAAUCGUUAUCUUCUAAGGAAAACGCCUAAACGUAUAAACGUGGAAAAUGAAGAGUAAACAAACAAAGCCCGUGUUAUUGAUUGAGUCAUGAUUUCAACCUCCUAUAACCUCAAAUCACUGCACAGUGCAAGCAGGCAUGAUUUUCUCUUAUAUUCUGUUAUGUUGGCUCCUAUUAAAAGGAGAAGAGAGUAAACAAGUCAAAACAAUGCUGAGCUUUCAAGAUGGCUGAACAAACAGCCCAUUGAUGUUUCACAGCCACACAUUAUGGAGGGUCUAGUGGUCUGAUGGGUGAUGUGGAGAGGCUUAACCCUUAGUUGCCUGAAGCCUGACCCCUUUCCUUAACCUCUUCACAGAGAGAGAAAAUCAGGGAGAAGUUUGUUGCGGCCCUGCAGGAGGAGUUUGCUGGGAAGGGUCUACGAUUUACCAGAGGUAAGCCAACUGGCACAGGAUGUGAGCUGGGAAUUAAUAUCAGUGUAACUAUUAGCACCUCUAGUCUUGUAUUUCAGUAUUUCUUUGUAUGCCAUCUGUGCAUGGUGUGAUAUCUACAUUUCAAGACUAAUUUACAAACAUUUAUCGCUCAGAUAGAACCCUGUUAUGACUUGAACGUACUUACUCCUUUGCUGUAUUUUCCUUGCUGUUGUUUCCUAUAUGCCAGUUCACAAAGACUGUCUGCCAUGCGUAGUCAAUCUCCUGGACACAUUGUGCCCAACAUUGGGGCAACUUCAAUAAACAUUACUCUCCCCUGCUCCACUCUCUGAGGUUUAGUCAGACUAGGUGUUUGCUCACUGUGUAACAGGGUGUGAGACUUACUUAAUGGCCUGUGAAACUGUACACAAUUCAGGCAGCUGCACAAACAGCUGGAAAUAAGGCUGUUGUCUUCAUAAGGCACUCUGUUAAAGCCCUGGGCCAGUAGCAGCAGUAGUUACAAACACCCACAUUCAGCCUUACUUCAUCCUAACGGCCUUACUUCACCCUAACUGAGUGACUGCCCUGGGAAUCCCUCUGAUUGCUGAUGUUAACUGGGAAUCCUUCUGGUUGCUGAUGUGGAAGCUGAUGCUCAUUGCACUGGCAGCAGAGCCAGUUGGAGGGCUGUUUACACUGCAGCCGCAGAGCCUGAUAAAACGAGCCAAUGAGAAGGCUAGGGCAUAAGAUUUAUGUGUUUGCUCAUUGCGGUCUGUAUCUGCACGUCUACCCUGCCUCGGUUUGUUCACAUUUCACAUAAUAUAUGCAAUGCUGUUUAUGUCUAUGCAGCACUGUCUGUUCUUACGCCAUAGAUUUUUGCCCGUGUCACUCACCUCAAAAAGCGACAUUGCAGCGUCCCUUCAAAUACAGGCACCUUUGUCCUGGCUCUGUUUUCUUUAACCUUUAUGGUAUAUGGCCAAGGGUGGGGAAGGGAAUGGGUGGGGAUGGGCUGAGGAUGUGGGUGUUUGUGGCCAAUACACCCUCUGAUUGGCUGAAACCUCCCUAGCUGUUGCCUUUGUGAGCUUUCCCUUUAAAGGGUCAAGCAGCAGUUGCUACAUCCAUUUUUGGACUAAUAAAUUAAUGAUGUGACCCAUUGAUUCUUCAAGUAUAUAAUUAUAAAUGCCUUAUAAGCUUAGUUCAACUGUCGUACCCCAUCAGAACACAAAAUAUAAGCUAGUUUUACUCCAAAGUUUGUAAACAAAGUAAAUGUAAACAAACACUGUAUAGCCCCUAAAAACAUGGUUAAAACUAUAAUUUUGAUAUCAUGGAUGGUCAGUCCUUGCAUCCAUAGCUCUGUCUUUGAAUUUGAGAGUGCUUACAUUUCUCCAGUCCAAUCCCCACCAUUUUUACUGAAUCAGUGGUGGGGUGCUUUCUUAUUGCUUCAACUGCUGAUUGCCGCUUUAAACACUUCAGCAUUAUGAGGGUAAUGAAGUAGAAUCUGAAGGCAGGGGGGAUGGGCGAGAUGCAGAAUUUAAACUUACUUUGCUGAGGGCUUUUCAUGCACAUUCACCGCUCAUUUAAUUCAAAGAUGAACUGCUCUGGUUGUAGAAUGAAAAGGAAAGAGCGAUUAAAAGAAAGGAGCCAGCUAUAGGCUGUGUUUGUGGAACUGAGUCCACCUCAUGGAAGUCAGACAAGUAGUGAAUAAUCACCCAUAAUAAGACUGUCCUCCCUGGACACAGACUGUAUGUCAAGGCCAUCGCCACACAGUCGAUGCACAGGGCAUAAAUAAGUCUGUUCUGCUGAACUGAGCACAGUGAUUGCGGCUUUUAAUAUCCUUUCAUGCUUUUUGAGGUGAGAAUGUGUUGGGCUCCAAGUCUGUUGCAGAGAAAUGUGCAACAUUGACCAGUUGAAGGUGCAGUCUUAAAAAUAUCUCAAAGCUGCUGUUCCUAUAAUGGGGAAAAUAUCAUACCUAUUUUACAUGCAUUGGGCAUCCUCACUCAUCAGUACAUUGACCAACCUAAACAAAUAUCCCAUACAUGGCAUGGGAUAGCUGGUUGUAAUGUGUUAAUAAUCAUCACUAAAACAUGACUGAGGGUUUAUUUUAUGGGAGGGACUAAUAUUCUGUUCAGUAACAUGAUGUUAAAUUGUAAUGUAUAAAUUGAAGUUGACUGAAUUAUUACCCCUCAUGUGCCUCUCUAUUCAGGCGGUCUCAUCAGUUUUGACGUGUUCCCUGAAGGCUGGGACAAGAGCCUCUGUCUGGACGUGCUGGAGGGGGAGGGCCUGGACGCUAUCUAUUUCUUUGGCAACGAGACGUCGUCUGUAAGUGAAGGGGAGGACCUUGUGGACGUGUCAGUGAUGGUGGGGAAUGCUCUGAGGCUCAAGGUAGCAAUGAGAGUAGGAUUGUGCUGUGGCUUGAAUGUCAAAGGUUAA